AUGAUAUCCUGCGCCUUUGCAUUUCUCCUCCUGAUGAAGUGGAACGAAAUUUAUAGCAAGGAGUCCCUAGCAUCAGAACGACCUUCGAAACAAGUGCCAAACUUGAGGCGUUUGGUUCUUCUAGCCGAGGAAACUAAGCAAUCGUUCUAUGGCGAUUUUGAAACUCAGGACUACAAUGACUUUCCUAAAAUCAUUGGAGAGUACGAUAUAUUCAAGACAAAGGAGCAAGUGAGCCGUGAAAACACGAGAUUUCAGGCUUAUUGCUCUCCCACCUUGUCUUCCAUGCAAAUAGUCAAAUUUCAAUAUCCAAAGUUAAAUAAUCGUGCUCUGUCAUCAGAAAAUUGCUUGUCACAUAUUUAUACCGAAUUGGAAGGUGUUCAAAAGGGAGCUUCGUCACAGACACAGGUAAUCACUCAAAGUUCUAUCUGUUCAAAUAGCGAUAUUAUCGGCUUGGCUUUUCAGGGCGAUAUAUCAGUAUCCGGAGUCUACUACCCUUAUGCUCCAUCUAAUGGGCAGAAUGUCCCUCAAGUAGCUUUCAGUGGUCCGUUAGAUCUGCAAAAUUUAGUCCAGGAAGGCCAAAUCUACGCGGCAUGGGAGAAAUAUAAUUCACAGAUGGUGCUUGUCUGGUAUUUUGGUCAGCUCCAUCUUUUCAGGAGAGAUGGUAUAAAUAAAUUGUGGUGGCCUGUGACAGAGAUAGGCUCAACAGAACAUAAUGGUGCCAUUAUCAUAAACUUUUUGCGACAUAAUUUAGGAUUGUUCAAACAGUUGGAUCUGAAAAUCGAAAGUUCUCGUCCACAACGAAGUCUAUUUGACUAUUUUUGGCGGCCAUCACCCAGCGUCCAGCCUAAUAAGGAUAUAAGCACGAAUAAAUUAAUGGCCGAAGUUAUUUCCACGGAAUUUAAGAUACCGCGAAAAGUCUCGCUUAGUUAUUUAAGUUCUGAUCGUGGGAAAUGUUUCGACUCAAAGAGUAUAAAGCAGGCUAGCUUUUAA